CACUUGGGCCCAUGGGAAAGAGAACCUUUCUGAGCACACCCCAAUAGACCACAGGAAGGUUGGACUGGGGCUAGCCAGAGAGAGGGGAGGGGACCCGCAGAGACCCCGGGCACAGUGGGAUGGGCCAGCACUCUGACUGAGUGUCCUGUGCCAUCCGUGCCCACUCGAGUUCCUCCUGGCUGUGGCUGAUUGGAGAGGCUGAGGCGAGAGCCCAUGGACAGCCAUGCCCGAGGUUUCCGGUGGGGGCUGCAGACCAAGCAGAAUGAGGCGGUUCUUGAGGCCAGGGCAUGACCCUGUGCGGGAGAGGCUCAAGCGGGACCUGUUUCAGUUUAACAAGACCGUGGAGCAUGGCUUCCCGCACCAGCCCAGCGCCCUCGGCUAUAGCCCAUCUCUGCGCAUCCUGGCCAUUGGCACCCGUUCUGGAGCCAUCAAGCUCUACGGAGCCCCAGGCGUGGAGUUCAUGGGGCUGCACCGGGAGAACAACACCGUGACGCAGAUCCACCUCCUGCCCGGCCAGUGCCAACUGGUCACCCUACUGGAUGACAACAGCCUGCACCUUUGGAGCCUGAAGAUCAAGGGUGGGGCUUCGGAGCUGCAGGAGGAUGAGAGCUUCACACUUCGUGGGCCCCCAGGGGCUGCCCCCAGUGCCACACAGAUCACUGUGGUCCUGCCACACUCCUCCUGCGAACUGCUCUACCUGGGCACCGAGAGUGGCAAUGUGUUUGUGGUGCAGCUGCCAGCUUUCCGUGUGCUGGAAGACCGGACCAUCAGCUCGGACGCGGUGCUGCAGCGGUUGCCAGAGGAGGCCCGCCACCGGAGGGUGUUUGAGAUGGUGGAGGCGCUGCAGGAGCACCCUCGAGAUCCCAACCAGAUCCUGAUCGGCUAUAGCCGAGGCCUCGUUGUUAUCUGGGACCUGCAGGGCAGCCGUGUGCUCUACCACUUCCUCAGCAGCCAGCAACUGGAGAACAUCUGCUGGCAGCGGGAUGGCCUCCUGCUGGUCAGCUGCCACUCCGACGGCAGCUACUGCCAGUGGCUCGUGUCCAGCGAUGCCCAGCAACCAGAGCCCCUCCGCAGCCUCGUGCCUUAUGGUCCCUUUCCUUGCAAAGCUAUUACCAAAAUCCUCUGGCUGACCAGCAGGCAGGGGUUGCCCUUCAUCAUCUUCCAGGGCGGCAUGCCUCGGGCCAGCUACGGGGACCGCCACUGCAUCUCGGUGGUCCACGACAGCCAGCAGACAGCUUUUGACUUCACCUCCCGGGUCAUCGACUUCACUGUCCUCACAGAGGCAGACCCCACAGCCGCCUUUGACGACCCCUACGUGCUGGUGGUGCUGGCUGAGGAGGAGCUGGUGGUGAUUGACCUGCAGACAGCAGGCUGGCCACCGGUCCAGCUGCCCUACCUGGCUUCCCUGCACUGUUCCGCCAUCACCUGCUCCCACCACGUCUCCAACAUCCCCCUGAAGCUGUGGGAGCGGAUCAUCGCCGCUGGCAGCCGGCAGAAUUCACACUUCUCCACCAUGGAGUGGCCGAUUGACGGUGGCACCAGUCUAACCCCAGCCCCACCCCAGAGGGACCUGCUGCUCACAGGGCAUGAGGAUGGCACGGUGAGGUUCUGGGAUGCCUCGGGUGUCUGCUUGCGGCUGCUUUACAAACUCAGCACGGUGCACGUGUUCCUCACCGACACGGACCCCAACGAGAACCUUAAUACCCAGGGCGAGGAUGAGUGGCCUCCACUCCGCAAGGUGGGCUCCUUUGACCCCUACAGUGAUGACCCCCGGCUGGGCAUCCAGAAGAUCUUCCUCUGCAAGUACAGUGGCUACCUGGCUGUGGCAGGCACGGCAGGGCAGGUGCUGGUGCUGGAGCUGAAUGAUGAGGCAGCAGAGCAGACUGUAGAGCAGGUGGAGGCUGACCUGCUGCAGGACCAGGAGGGCUACCGCUGGAAGGGCCACGAGCGCCUGACAGCCCGCUCAGGGCCUGUGCACUUCGAGCCUGGCUUUCAGCCCUUCGUGUUGGUGCAGUGCCAGCCCCCGGCUGUGGUCACCUCCUUGGCCCUGCACUCUGAGUGGCGGCUCGUGGCCUUCGGCACCAGCCAUGGCUUUGGCCUCUUCGACCACCAGCAGCAGCGGCAGGUCUUUGUUAAGUGCACAUUGCACCCCAGUGACCAGCUGGCCUUGGAGGGCCCACUGUCCCGCGUCAAGUCCCUCAAGAAGUCCUUGCGCCAGUCAUUCCGCCGGAUGCGACGGAGCCGGGUAUCCAGCCGGAAGCGACUCCCUGCUGGCACCCCAGGAGAGGUACAGGAGGGGAGCGCCAAGGCUGAGCGUCCAGGCCUGCAGAACAUGGAGCUGGCGCCUGUGCAGCGCAAGAUUGAGGCUCGCUCGGCAGAGGACUCCUUCACAGGCUUCGUGAGGACCCUGUACUUUGCUGACACCUACCUGAGGGACAGCUCCCGUCACUGCCCCUCACUGUGGGCUGGCACCAACGGGGGCACCAUCUAUGCCUUCUCCCUACGUGUGCCCCCUGCCGAGCGGAGAAUGGAUGAGCCUGUGCGGGCAGAGCAGGCCAAGGAGAUCCAGCUGAUGCACCGUGCGCCAGUGGUAGGCAUUCUGGUGCUCGACGGACACAGCGUACCCCUUCCCGAGCCCCUAGAAGUGGCCCAUGAUCUGUCGAAGAGUCCAGACAUGCAGGGGAGCCACCAGCUGCUCGUCGUGUCAGAGGAGCAGUUCAAGGUGUUCACACUGCCCAAAGUGAGUGCCAAGCUGAAGCUGAAGCUGACAGCCCUAGAGGGCUCACGGGUGCGGCGGGUCAGCGUGGCCCACUUCGGCAGCCGUCGAGCCGAGGACGGGGAGCAUCACCUAGCAGUCCUCACCAACCUGGGCGACAUCCAGGUGGUCUCGCUGCCCCAUCUCAAGCCCCAGGUGCGCUACAGCUGCAUCCGCCGGGAGGACGUCAGCGGCAUCGCCUCCUGCGUCUUCACCAAAUACGGCCAAGGCUUCUACCUGAUCUCUCCCUCUGAGUUCGAGCGCUUCUCUCUCUCCACCAAGUGGCUGGUGGAGCCCCGGUGUCUAGUGGAUUCAGCAGAAACCAAGAACCGCUGCCCUGGUAACAGGGCAGGCCCCAAGAAGGCCCCGAGCCGAGCCAGGAUCUCAGGAACCCAGAGUGAUGGCGAAGAGAAGCUGCCGGGCCUAGGAAUGGAGCGAGCUCUACUGAGUGAUGAGAGAGUCCUGAAGGAAAUCCAGAGCACACUGGAGGGAGACCGAGGGAGCUGUGGCAAUUGGUGCUCGCCUCGAGCGGCCGUGGAGUGCAGCCUCAGCAAUGGCGGAGCAGAGUGAGUAGCUGGGCAUCCGGGCUGCGUGGUGAGCACACACUACUACUGGUGGCCUUCGGGGUCCCUGCCCAACAGGAGAGGCUGGUGCACAGGGCCCCACCAGGGGCUGGGGGCACCCCGGCUUCCACUCUGCAGCUGCUCUGGGCCUUGGGAGAGGAGAGACCCCGGCCUCUGGGGCUGCCCCUCCAGGCCUGUCUGUCUGGAUCCUUCAGUCAAUGUUGCACAGUUUUUAUGGCUCCCAUCCCUUUUUGUAGUGGGCUGGGUUUUAAGUUAUAAAUUUUAACUGCCUCUGGGUGAAAACGUUUUUAAUAAACACCUAUUACCUCUUGA